AUGUACUCCUCCUAUUUCAACUCCAUUACCUCCAAAGUAACCUCGAUCCGACAAAACAUAUUUCAAGGCGAAGCCGACGGCGACACAGAAGAUGACACCUAUCUCUGUCGCGUAAUGCGCACCUAUUAUCUACAAGAAAAGAAACAAAACCUGCCAGCGUGGCUCCCCCCCGAUCCACGCGGUCCGCAUCCUUCUCCUGUCGUCCAACCAGUUUACAGUCAACCUGUCGGUUCUACAUAUGGUCAAGCACCUCCUGCGGCAGGUGGCUCACAGGGUUUAAAUAGUUUAUUCGGCGGCGCAACAGGAAGAACAAAUGCGCCAUCGCCACCUCCAGGGAGUCUGCGCGCAGCAAGAGCAACAGGAGGUCCAGCGAGAAGUCAAAGUCCUUUUGCGACUCAAGGAGCUAGUGCAACGGGAAGUUUAUCUGCGAGGGAUAGAUUGAAGAUGGGGAGAUCGAAGGGAAGUGCUAUUAAUACUAAUGUGAGUGCAAUGGGUGAUGCGAGUUAUGAUUCCGGAUAUGAGAAUAGAUUUGCGUCGCAGGAUGGUGGGGAGAAACCGUUUAUGGCGGCGACGAGUCCGUGGGCUUCGAAUGCGGCGGAGUUUGGUGGUGGUGGCAUAGUAGGGGUGGAGCAAUAG